AUGGCUGUCGAUCAACCCGGAGAUACAACUUCUGGCUCGAGCAGGAAUGAUCAAUUGGCCAUCGAUACAGGUAAUCCCCUCUAUAUUCACCCUUCAGAUAGUCCCGGAAUGGCUUUGGUACCAGCUCCAUUCGAUGGAACUGGAUAUCGCUCCUGGAGAAGAAGCGCUUUGCGAGCCCUAUCAGUUAAAAAUAAAUUAGGGUUCAUUACCGGAGAACUUAGGAAACCUAGUUCUAAUUCACCUCAGUUUCGAUUAUGGGAGAGGUGCGAUAACAUGGUAACCUCGUGGAUUCUCAACUCCCUUGCCAAGGAAAUAUCUGAUAGCGUAGAGUAUGUAAAUGACUCAGUGGAACUCUGGAGAGAAUUAGAGGAUCGAUAUGAUCAGACGAAUGGGGCAAAAUUGUAUCAGAUUCAGAAAGAGAUCAAUGAUCUAAUGCAAGGUUCCCUAGACAUCACUACAUAUUAUACAAGGAUGAAGAAAUUGUGGGAAGAAUUGAAUACCUUAAGUGCCAAAUCUCAGUGCACUUGCAAUUGCACUUGUGGAGCAAAAGAAACCAUGCACAAAGCAGAACAGGAUCGACGGCUUAUCCAGUUUCUAAUGGGGUUGAACGAGGUCUACACAAUAGUGCGAGGAAGUAUUCUCAUGAUGAAGCCACUGCCCUCUAUGGCACAGGCUUUCUCACUACUGAUUCAAGAGGAGAAACAAAGGGAAUUCAAGCCUACUAGUCAGUUAAGUCUGGAUUCUACUUCAUUACAUGUAAAUGCAAACUCACAAAAUCCAAAUCCAUUUGGGGCUAGAAAUUUUAAAACACACUAUACACCUAAUAACAACAACAGAGGUCGACCAUUCUGUGAUUAUUGCAAAAGACCAGGACAUACAAAGGAAAAAUGCUACAAGUUACAUGGAUAUCCUCAAGGGAACUCUUAUAAUAACCAAAAUUCCAAUCGCUACAACACCAAUCCUCAGUCGUAUAAUCAAGAAAACAGUCAGAGCUGCAGGUUCAACAAAGGGAAAGGGGCUGUGGCUAAUGUGCAUGGGACCCCAGCUGACAUGAUUCAUGAGAAUGUGAAUGAACAAGAACCACAAGAUGGUAAUCAGAAUCUCAACCUCACAAAGGAGCAGUAUGGGCAGAUAAUGAAUCUGCUGCAGCACUUCCAAAUAGGACAUGCAGGAGGUUCCCCUAGCAACUUGGAUGUCACAAGUGGCAGUGCCAACUUUGCAGGUAUUGUUGUCUGUACUUCCUCCAUUGAUUUUGACAAACCUUCAUGCAAAUGUUUUGAAUCAAAAGCUGAUCUUUGGAUUAUAGACUCAGGAGCAUCCAAUCAUAUGACCUUUAACAAGCAUGCACUUAGUAAUGUCACCAAAUUACCCUAUCCUUUAUUAAUAAGCCUACCAAAUGGAUAUAGAGUAAAGGUUCUUGAAUUUGGAGAUGUGAUACUUUCUUCAGAAAUUGUUCUGCAUAGGGUCCUUUAUGUCCCAUCUUUCAAGUACAACUUGAUUUCUGUUCAUUCUCUUACAGCCCCUUCAGUGAAGAGGCCUCAGGUGAUUGGUAGUAGCAAAGAAGGUCUAUAUUACCUCUGUUCCAGUGAGCCUUCUUCAUAUGAGGAGGCAGCCCUCAAUCCUGCUUGGCAGGCAGCAAUGACACUAGAAUUUGAGGCACUUCAUGCUAACCACACUUGGGAUUUAGUCCCUCUGCCAAUUGGCAAGCAAGCAAUAGGUUGUAGAUGGGUAUAUAAAAUCAAACAUAGAGCUGAUGGAAGUGUUGAAAGAUUCAAAGCUAGAUUAGUGAUAAAAGGUUAUACUCAACAGGCUGGGAUUGACUAUACAGAAACCUUCUCCCCUGUGGUGAAAAUGACAACUGUUAGAGCAUUAAUUACAGUAGCUGUUAAGAAGGGGUGGGAUAUAUUUCAACUAGAUGCUAGUAGACAGUGGUAUGCUAAAUUGACUGAAGCACUGUCCACAAAAGGGUACCAACAUUCUGAAAAUGACCAUUCCUUGUUCUGCAAGAAGACUCCUACUUCUGUUAUCUUUGUGGGUGUGUAUGUUGAUGAUGUUAUAAUCACUAGGACUGAUCCAGCAGAGAUUGCAUACUUGAAGGCCUUCCUAGACCAACAGUUUAAAAUUAAGGACCUGGGAAAACUGCAUUACUUCUUGGGAUUAGAGGUUCUAUACAAGCCAGAUGGGAUUCUUAUUUCUCAAAGAAAGUUUGCCCUAGACUUGUUGAAAGAAUAUCAAGUGUAUGACUACAGUAGUGUAACUUCACCCCUUGAUCCUACAAUAAAGCUGAAGGCACAAGAAGGAAACCUAUUACCAGACCCUCAAUAUUACAGGAAAUACUUAAAGAAGGAACCUACUCUAGGUGUGUUCUUCUCAAACAAUCCUGACUGUACAAUCAAGGCAUUUUGUGAUUCAGAUUGGGCAGCAUGCCCAGAUUCCAGGAGAUCUGUCACUGGUUACAUAGUUUUGGUGGGAGACAGCCCUAUUAGCUGGAAGUCCAAGAAGCAAGAAACUGUCUCCUUGUCCUCAGCUGAGGCUGAGUAUAGAUCCCUCAGAAAGGUGUUUUGUGAUAGUCAGUCGGCUAUACACAUUGCUCACAAUCCAGUGUUUCAUGAAAGGACAAAGCACAUUGAAGUUGAUUGCUAUUUUGUUAGGAACAAAUUGCAAGAAGGCCUAAUUUCUCUACAUCAUGUACCUACUCACCAUCAGUUGGCUGACAUUCUCACAAAGGCUCUCACAGGGGUCAAGCACUCAGCUGUCCUCAGCAAGUUGGCAGUGAAGACCUCACUUCCAACUUGA